ACCGCCCUAGUAACGGCCGCAUGGUAACCCAGGCGCUGGGCGUGGGGUACUAGCUCCUGCUUUUCCACGCUCGCUUUGGUUCCCGGCGUUUGCAAGAUGAAGAUCGAAGAGGUGAAGAGCACCACGAAGACGCAGCGCAUCGCCUCCCACAGCCACGUGAAGGGGCUGGGGCUGGAUGAGAGCGGCCUGGCCAAGCAGGCGGCCUCGGGGCUCGUGGGCCAGGAGAACGCGCGAGAGGCAUGUGGUGUGAUAGUAGAAUUAAUCAAAAGCAAGAAGAUGGCUGGAAGAGCUGUCUUGUUGGCAGGACCUCCUGGAACUGGCAAGACAGCCCUAGCCCUGGCCAUUGCUCAGGAGCUGGGCAGUAAGGUCCCUUUCUGCCCAAUGGUGGGGAGUGAAGUUUACUCGACGGAGAUCAAGAAGACGGAAGUGCUGAUGGAGAACUUCCGCAGGGCGAUUGGGCUGCGGAUAAAGGAGACCAAGGAGGUUUAUGAAGGCGAAGUCACAGAGCUGACUCCAUGUGAGACAGAGAACCCCAUGGGCGGGUAUGGCAAGACCAUCAGCCACGUAAUCAUAGGACUCAAAACAGCCAAAGGAACCAAGCAGUUGAAAUUGGACCCCAGCAUUUUUGAAAGUUUGCAGAAAGAGCGAGUAGAGGCUGGAGAUGUGAUUUAUAUCGAAGCCAACAGUGGGGCCGUGAAGAGACAGGGCAGGUGUGAUACCUACGCCACAGAAUUCGACCUUGAAGCCGAGGAGUAUGUGCCCUUGCCAAAGGGAGAUGUGCACAAGAAGAAAGAAAUCAUCCAGGACGUGACCUUGCACGACUUGGAUGUGGCCAAUGCACGGCCCCAGGGGGGACAAGACAUCCUGUCCAUGAUGGGCCAGUUAAUGAAGCCAAAGAAGACAGAAAUUACAGAUAAACUUCGAGGGGAGAUCAACAAGGUGGUGAACAAGUACAUCGAUCAGGGCAUUGCGGAGCUGGUUCCUGGGGUGCUCUUUGUUGACGAGGUUCACAUGCUGGACAUCGAGUGUUUCACUUACCUGCACCGGGCCCUGGAAUCUUCUAUUGCCCCUAUUGUCAUCUUUGCAUCCAACCGAGGCAACUGUGUCAUCAGGGGCACCGAGGACAUCACCUCUCCCCAUGGCAUCCCUCUCGACCUUCUGGACCGGGUGAUGAUCAUCAGGACCAUGUUGUACACUCCGCAGGAAAUGAAACAGAUUAUUAAAAUCCGAGCCCAGACAGAGGGGAUCAACAUCAGUGAGGAGGCGCUGAACCACCUCGGGGAGAUCGGCACCAAGACCACGCUGAGGUACUCGGUGCAGCUGCUGACACCGGCCAACUUGCUCGCCAAGAUCAAUGGGAAGGACAGCAUCGAGAAGGAGCACGUGGAGGAGAUCAGCGAGCUCUUCUAUGAUGCCAAGUCCUCAGCCAAGAUCCUGGCUGACCAGCAGGACAAGUACAUGAAGUGAGCGCCGAGGGCCUUUCUGUGAGGAGAGACUGGCCAGCGUGCCAGCCUGCGGCAGGCGGUGGCCCCGGGCUCUGUCCCCACUCGGGGGUGGCCAGCAGCAUCGUCAGCCCGGUGGGAAGUGUUCUUUUACUUAUCAGAGUGUCUCCUGUGGUUGCUCAGAAGGGACUGACCUGACGAGUUUUCUAAUAAAUUCUUCAUAGGUUAUUUUGUUAGGGUCUCCUUAAAUAAUAAUAAUAAUAAAAGAUUUUCUAUUUUA